AACUCUACCUCCAUCAACCGUACUCUAAACUCUUGUGAUCAUCAAUAUCUUCCUCAAGCAGAAACACAAAAAAGAGAGAGAGAAAAAAGAAAAAAGAGAAAAAGAAAGAUAACAACAUGAAAAUACAGUGUGAUGUGUGCACGGCAGAGUCGGCCACCAUCUUUUGUUGCGCCGACGAGGCCGCUCUUUGCUCAGCUUGUGACCGGCGUGUUCACACCGCCAACAAACUCGCCGGAAAACAUCGCCGUCUUUCUUUAUCUUCAUCCCUGCAAUCUCCACCACUUUGUGAUGUUUGCCAAGAGAAAAGAGGUUUUAUUUUCUGCCAAGAAGAUCGAGCAAUACUUUGUAAAGAUUGUGAUGAACAAAUCCAUUGUGCAAAUGAGUUAACAAAGAAACACAACCGGUUUCUUUUAUCUAGUGCUCUUCGGCUUUCUUCGACUUCCAUGCCGGAGCUUACAACCACUUCCUCCGCCUCCACCGAGACAUCAAAUAUCACCACCAAAGCAAAUAAUAAUGACAACAACAAUGAUAACAACAACAACAACAAUAACAGUAGUAGUAUUUCUGAGUAUUUGAUCAAGACACUUCCUGGUUGGCGUGUGGAAGAUUUGCUUGAGGAAACAAUGGAUGAUUAUUUUCUGAUGGAGGAAACUGUUGAGGAAGAGUUACCAAUAUGGCAAGCUUUACAAGUACCACAAGCACCUCAGUCUGAAUUCUCCACUCAUGUCUUUAAUCUUCAACAGAUGAAGACAGUGAGUUUUGAUAACUUUCAGUUUAUGGCAAAGUCCGGGAGGCCGGAGAAACGGAGUAGUGAUGAUGUGUUUAGAGUGCCUCAAAUUCCUACUUUGAAUGUUGAGAAACACAAGAGAUCAAGAACUUUGAAUGCCAAUAGUUCAAUGCCGCCUUCCUCUACUUCUUCUUGUUGUUCUUCCUUUUGGUAUUAAUAAUUAAAAUUUUCAUAUUUUUUUGUUUUUUGUUUUUUGUUUUUUUUUAUGUGGAAUACUAUGUUAGCAGUUUAAUGGAGUAAUGGAUGGAUUUACAUAGAGAAAGUGUCUGAA